UAUGUUCACGGAUUUUCUCUAGCCUUGUGUUUGUUAGCUGCCCCUCUGUCUACCGGAAGAACACCCUUUGACCCGGAAGCUGAUACAGUCUUUGCAUCCGGUUGAUCCUGCUGCCCCGUUUCUCCUCAUCGUUUUCCCAGCAGCCUCUGGGGGGGUGACGGCAGCAGAAGAAGAAGAAGACCUGAAUCGAAAUGUCGGACGAGGAGGAUGCGGCUCCGGCCGUAAAGAAGACUCGUGUUUUCUAUGGUAGCCUGGAGGAAAAGGAGCGCGAGCGCCUGAGUUCGGACACACCGAGCAGCAAGGCAGCAGGAAGUGAUGCAGUGAAGGCAGGGAUCGACGCAGGAAACAUCAACAUCUCUUCAGGAGAGACUCUGGAGCUGGAGGACCGAGUCAGUGAACGGCAGCAGGAGGCGCUUGCUGCGUUUGAGCGGCGGCGGCGAGCGAGACAGAUCACCGUCUCCACCGAUGACGCGGAAGUGAAGGCUGGCCUCCGAGCCCUGGGAGAGCCAAUCACGUUGUUUGGAGAGGGGCCAGCUGACCGCCGUGAGAGGCUGCGAAAUGUUCUGUCUGUAGUCGGUCCUGACGCUCUGAAGAAGUCCAGGAGAGACGAAGAGAGAGCCAAGAGGUCACAGGACGAGUGCCAGCAGACGUGGUAUCACGAAGGCUCCGCCUACCUAAAGGACGCUCGACUCUGGUUGGCCAAAUAUUCUCUGCCACGGGCGAUGAAACGGCUGGAGGCUGCACGUGCUCAGAGGGACAUUCCUGAGUCAACCAGGGCCAUCCGGCAACAGGAGCUGCACAAGAGCCUGCGGAAUCUUAACAACUUCUGCAGUCAAAUCGGUGAUGAUCGACCAAUCAGCUUCUGCCAUUUCAGCCCCGACUCCAAAAUGCUGGCCACUGGCUCCUGGAGCGGCUUGUGUAAGCUGUGGUCCGUCCCCGACUGCAGCCUGAUUCGUACGCUCAGAGGACACAACACCAACGUGGGUGCAGUCGUCUUCCGUCCACAGGCCGGUGUCUCUCUUGACCAAUCGGACGUUAGCUUGGCCUCGUGUGCCGCUGAUGGAUCAGUGAAGCUGUGGAACCUAGAGAGUGACGAGCCGGUGGCAGACAUCGAGGGACACAGCGAGCGAGUGUCUCGAGUGUCCUGGCAUCCUUCCGGGAGGUUUCUGGGAACAACCAGUUAUGAUAACUCGUGGCGUCUGUGGGAUCUGGAGGUGCAGGAGGAAAUCCUCCAUCAGGAAGGUCACAGUAAAGGAGUCCACGACAUCCACUUUCACCCCGACGGAUCACUGGCUGCUACUGGCGGACUGGACGCGUUUGGCAGAGUGUGGGACCUCCGGACAGGACGCUGCGUUGUUUUCCUGGAGGGACACCUGAAAGAGAUCUACAGCCUGAACUUCUCCCCCAACGGGUACCACCUGGCGACAGGAAGUGGUGACAACACCUGUAAGGUUUGGGAGCUGAGAAACAGGAAGUGUCUGUACACAGUCCCUGCCCACCAGAACCUGCUGUCUGCUGUCCGCUUCCAACCCACCGAUGGUCACUUCCUGUUGACCGGAGCAUACGACAACACAGCGAAGAUUUGGAGUCAUCCGAGCUGGAUGCCGUUGAAGACGCUCGCCGGACACGAGGGGAAGGUUAUGGGCGUCGAUGUGUCACCUGAUGGCAAACUGAUCGCCACGAGCUCCUACGACCGAACCUUCAAACUCUGGCUGUCUGAGUGAUGUCAUGAUGAUGUCAUGGCACGACAGAAAUACACAUUUUUAAGUUUUCUGAUGAAUGAAAUGUAUUUUUUGUUUGUUUUUUUUUAAAAUAAAAGUUUACAUUCAGGA